CUAAGUUGGAGUGUGGAAGAACGAACAGCUGCUUCCUUCAGUCAUAGAAUUUGCGAAAUUUCGCUGCAGAGAGAAGAAUUUGCAGAAAUGGAGGCCGGAGACGAAGGAGUCGAGCGAGUCGUCGACUCUAAGGACAUGCAGCAACAGAGCAAGGCAUUCGACAAGCUCACCGACCGAGUCGAGGAUCGCCAGCUCGAUUCCACCCGCGUUCAAGAGGCUAUGGCGUCAAUAGCUGCAUCUUCCGAAGCAGAUUGGAACGCUAUGAGAUUGAGGGAGAAAGAACUAGCUGCAGUCAAGAUCAAUCCAGCAGAUGUCGACAUAAUUGCGAGUGAAUUGGAGCUGGACAAGAAGGUGGCAGAGAGGACGUUGCGGGAGCACAAAGGCGAUGCAGUCGCUGCUAUUCAAUGCCUUAUACACCAGAUAACUAUCGGGAUCAACUAGAAAGUUGGAACUGAAAUUGCUUCAAUCUCCAUGUAGCGCAAUGAAUUCGUUAUGGACUGUGAAAGUAGAUGGAAGGGCUUUCUGCUUCUUCUUGACCACGCUACUUCUGGAGGAUUCAUUCGCAUACUUGAGUGAUGGUAGCCUGUGUUCUUGUAUCUAGUUUUGAGGCUCUUACGUUCAAAUUGGUUUUCGUAGUAACUUCCGAGAUGGAGUUCUUGCAUGAUAGGUUGAUCGAUUGUUGGAAUCUAACCUUAAUUCUUACAAGUUAGUAUUCGGUGAUUAUUCGCCAACUGGUAUUGUACUCCUGGGUCGCACCAGUCAAACCACUAUCCUUGAGAGUUGGUAAUGAUGUCACGACGCCAUUGAUAACCAGCAUGCAAUGAAACAGGCAUAUAUGC